UUUUUUUCUUUAGUAACGUAAAAUGGAAACUUAGCCCAAAAAAAAGGAGGCUGUUGUUCACUUUGCUCGAGACAUCCGAUUCCAUCUCAUUCCUUCAUCCUUCAUCCUUCGUCCUUCAUCUGUCCCGCACACCUCUUUUACACAUUUUCCUUGUUCACCCUAGACUGAUUAGUAUCUCUUAAAUCCUAGCACUCCAUUAAUAGCCGGCUCAAGCUGCAAACCUCACACCAUGGUCCAUAUACCAAUUGUCUCCCGGCUCAGUCUUGGCGACUACCGGUCCAUCACCCUCACCUUUCUCAUCCUUGGUAUCGAGGCAUGUUUCCGCAUGGUUGCUUAUCUGAUCCCAGCAUUCAUUCUUGACGCGGGGAAGGCCUUGGUGGAGAAGAUCUUCCCUUGGGUGGUGACCAAUCAUAUCUCCGCCAGGGCCCCGCCGCUUGAAGACGCCGCGAAUGUUCAGGAGAUGCUCCGGUUCUGGAACUAUCCAGUUCAAGAACAUCUCGUGAGAACACAGGACAAUUACCUACUGGGUAUCCACCGGAUCACACAUGGCCGGGAACAAGUCUCUGACAAGGGCAUGGUCCCCAACCCGCCAGAGAAUAUUGUGAAGCUGUUGCAAGAGAAUGGCGUACCGUUGGCUGCAGAGACAAAGGAGGCCUACCUCAACAGGAACAAGCGCGACAGGCGCCACCAGGAGGAGGAUCUCGAGGCAGACUUUGAUGGACAGCUGAGGAAUAAACCCAAAGAGGGCGACUAUAUCAAGCCUGUUGUCCUGCUCUACCAUGGCUUCAUGAUGUGCUCUGAAGUGUGGCUCUGCAACCUGGACGAGGAAAGAAAUCUGGCCUUUGUACUUGCGGAAGCAGGAUAUGACGUGUGGCUGGGUAAUGCGCGUGGCAACAAGUAUUCACUCAAGCAUAUGUUCCUGAAGCCGCACGAAAACAAGUUUUGGGAGUUCAGCAUAGAUGAGCUCGCGCUCUUUGACAUGCCAGAUACCAUUGAUUACAUCCUUGGCAGGACAGGCGCCCCUUCGCUCGUCUACAUUGGCUUCUCGCAAGGAACUGCUCAGGCGUUCGCCUCUCUGUCCAUCAAUCCGGCGCUCAAUGACAAGAUCUCGCUCUUCAUUGCUCUCGCACCUGCAACUACACCCCCAGGUCUCGAGAACGGACUUGUCAACUCCAUUGUCAAAGCGGCGCCCAAUGUCAUCUACCUGCUCCUGGGCAGAAAAACACCCCUGAACGCCGCGUUAUUCUGGCAGGCUCUGCUGCAUCCGACGACGUAUGCGACCAUCAUCGACAUGGCGGUUAAGUUCUUGUUUGGCUGGAACUGCCGUUCGAUAAGUCCAGUGCAGAAAUCGGUCUCCUACCAGCACCUUUACAGUUUCACCAGCGUGAGGGUCCUUGUGCACUGGUUUCAAAUUAUUAGGACGCAAGUAUUCCAGAUGUACGAUGACGUGCAGCCUAGGGUCCCAUAUCUCUCCUCAACCCGGGGUCAUUGCCCCCAUCCGUUCCCAACCAACCAGAUCACGGUCCCUAUGGCCAUCUUUUAUGGAGGAGACGAUACCUUGGUCGACGUGAAGGCCUUGCUCUCAGAUCUUCCUGACUUGGUCGGCAUCUGGGAGAUUCCAAACUAUGAGCAUCUUGAUUUCUUAUGGGCAGACGGUCUGGACAAGCAGGUGUACCCACAUAUCCUGCAGCUACUUGAAAAGCACUCAUUCAAUGGACACAUCUCCAAGGGCGAUGUCAAGAGGGUCAUCAGAGGGUCAAUGUCCACUGGUGCGGGAUCCUUUCUUCGGGAGAACCGCACCCUUGCUCAGGAGCUGGAGCGGUAUGAGGACGACAUUGAGGAGGACCAGAACCAUGUAGUCAACAGACUGGCCCUGCAGACCCCGAGAGACUCGCCCAUAGUUCAGAGACAGACUUUCGUCACGCGCCGGUCGCAGCAGUCGACGAGGCAGACCAGUCGCGAGUUUAUGGAUGGACAGGAACAGCAGCAGCAGCAGCAGGAGUAAGCAACUUAGACGAGCCUCUGUGGAGGGAAAUAAAGACUUGCUAAAGCCUUGCACAG